AAGACAACGAGUUUAGUGUAUUUUACUUAGUUAGAAUUGUAGAGUUAUAGCAAGCAAAUAUGGAUCACCGGGUGUGCAAGCAAGUUGUUCAGCCAGUUACUAGUAAAGUGAAGAAGCAUGGUAAAGAUGAAUUUGAUCGUAUCAAACAAGCUGAGAAGAAGAAAAGACGUUUGGAGAAAGCUCUUGCUACUUCUGCAGCCAUUCGGGCUGAGCUUGAGAAGAAGAAGCAGAAGAGAUUAGAAGAACAACAAAGGUUAGAUGAAGAAGGUGCUGCAAUUGCAGAGGCUGUUGCUCUGCACGUCCUACUGGGCGAAGAUUCUGAUGAUGCAUCUCAAGGCAAGCUUGGCGACGAAAAGUGUUUCACGAUGGAUCUGUUUAGGGAUGAAAGAACCAACUAUGUCCCUCGCCAAAGUUGCGCUAGCUAUGCGGUCCAAGGGAUUGGGUUUGUGUCAAACGGUUAUGGACUAGGAAACAGUAACUGGUCAGUGUCAUAUAAGCCAUUCAUGAAGGAUGUUUGGGAUAGCAGCAUGGUAAUAUCUGCAGAUUUGAUUGCUGCUCAGGCUGUUUCGUCACUACAGAUAUCUGAGGACGCUGAUAGGAACGCGUUUGUCUUCGAAACAAUGUUCCAGGGAUGACAAAAGCCCUGGUGCCAAAUUUGGCUGCAGAAAGAAGUGUUUGCUAUGAGAGGAGUUGCAGCUUUUUUCUCUUUUCUAGAAGCCCUUUUGGUGUGAAAACUCUUUUUGUUGUUUUAUCUUUUGAUGUUAGACUAGCUGAAAAGAUGUUAUCUUCUGAUUUCUCUCUGUAACAUUCACAAGUGCGUUUUAAGUUGUAUACC